AUCAUGUAAGAGGAGGAGUCAUCUGAAGAGUCUAAGUCCCAGAGAACAGGCCAUGGUAAGGGCUGGCAAAGAGGAGGAGGGUAAAGCCUCCUUGUCUGGCCAGUGGAAGCAGGGAGGAGCCCAGGACAAGCACCCAGAGACUCCCAAACUGAGAGCUGUCCACUCCGGCCAGAGUCAUGCCAACCCAGGCUCUCCUGCCCAUCCUGCUCCUCUCUGUGUUGCUGCCGCUGCUACAGGUCCAGGGAGGGCACCGUACACUGAACAGGAUGCAGAAAAUAGAGCAGUUCAAUGAAGUCAAGGUUUGUGAAAAGCACACCAACAUAUAUAUGUGCAGACGUCCAUGUGAAUAUCACCAAGAUUGUCAAGCAAAUAACAUAUGCUGUUCAACCUUCUGUGGGAAUAUCUGCAUGACACUCUAG